GGCCACCUUCCUUCUAAAGACUAACCCGGCCCCCUUGGCUCCCUCUUCUCUAUUUCUCCAGAGUUCCGAUUCUCUCACUGCUCAUUGUCUUUGCCUCUGCACAUAAUCCCUCAUCUUUUCCUAGCCCUCAGCCUCUCUCUAGGUCUCGCCUCUGCACAAAAUACGUCGCCUCUUAAUCUUGCCACCCAGGCUCCUGAGUUGUGCACAGAAGAAUGCCCCUCGCAGUUAGGAACUUCAGCACACAUAUUGUUUGUCCUGAUGCUUGCUAGAUGUGCUUCUUUAAUUUACUUGAUUACUGGCAAAACAUCUAUGAUGAAGAUUGAUGUAGAUAUUGGAUCAUCCUCACUAGCAAGGAGUGUAAUUGGCCUUGUCCUUGGGGUAAUGUGGGAUGAUUUUCACAAAAGGGUGAUCUCAGGCAAGUGAGCGAAGAGGUUGCCAAGUACAAGUUUGUUUCAUUUAUAAUGAUUUUUUAAAUCAUUUUCAAAUGUGGGUUGUUUUUUAGCGUUGAAGAAAUGACGUGGGCAAGUGUAAGGCAAAAAGUUCUCUCUGGCAGCUCCUCUGCUUCUUCGGAACUCAUUAUGGCCUCAAAGCUACUUAAAAUUGGUAUCCACGAGGCUAAAAGCCAGCUGGAAGUCUCUCUAAGGCAAGCCUUUGAGGAGCUUGAACCUAAACUAAGACCCCCCUUUUCCCUGGCCAUUCCAAGCGCACAAGAAUACUUACAGCUCAAUCAUGCCAUUCUUUACGGGCUUUUGACUGAACCCCAGUUGGCCAAAACCCAUGUUAAGCAUCUACAUGCCAUUGUUACUGAUGGAUAUGCAUUUUUUGUUCAUUUGAUGGUCAAAAUCGUUAAUGAUUUGUAUGCUAAGCUUGUUGAUUCAGUAAAGGUUCAGUUGAUUUGGAUCGUUAAAGAAAUGGUCGGUGUUUUAGGAGUUGGUUUUGGUGGCUUGUUGGUGUCUUUGUUGAGGCAAAUUAUUGGUGGGGAUUUUAGUGAUAGGAAUUUGUGGUUGUGUUUCGAGUUGGUGAACCUUUUCCUGAGUAAAUGGGAUUGUUUAGUAGAAGAAGAGCCAUUGGUUUUAACUAGCGCACUGUAUGCAUAUCUUAGGUUGUUAGCUGAUCAUUGUAGGUUAUCAAGCAAUGUGAAGCUAGAGUCUCUGAAACUACUAGAGAUUAAAUUUUGUGUGAAAAUGUUGAGAGAGCAAUUUCAUUUGUGUAUGAAGAUUGGGAGGGACCUUAUUAGAUUACUGCAAGAUUUGGUUCAUGUCCCUGUGUUUCGAGCUUUAUGGAAGGAUUUGGUACUGAACCCAGGUGAGUUUAGGACUGCAGGAUUUUCAGAUGUUUCUCAACUGUACUGCUCUAGGACAUCAAGCCGGUAUUUUUUGCUUCGGAUAACACCUGACAUGGAAACCCAGUUGAGGUUUUUGCUUAUGCAUGUGAAGUUCGGGAGUCAAAAGCGGUACCAAUUAUGGUUUGCGAAGAAGUUUCUUUUCGGACCAGAGAAAGAGACUCUUAUAGUGGACAUUGUUAGAUUUAUAUGUUGCGCACACCAUCCAUCCAAUGAAACUAUCCAGUCAGACAUCAUACCAAGGUGGACUGUUAUAGGAUGGCUAUUGAAAACUUGUAGAAAGAAUUAUGUUCAAGCCAAUGUGAAGUUGGCCUUAUUUUAUGACUGGCUUUUCUUUGAUGAAAGAAUUGAUAAUAUAAUGAAUAUCGAGCCAGGAAUGCUAUUAAUGGUAUGUUCAAUACCCAAAUAUAUUGACAUGACUCACUCUCUUCUUGAGUUUUUGUUGCUGCUUGUGGAAAAUUAUGAUGUGCAUCGUACACAUGUUAUUGUUAGGGGUCUGUCAUCAGCUUUCAAUUCACUUGUUCAAAAAGGAGUGGUUCGCUCGCUGGAUGUUUUGACAUCAUGUGAUGCCCUUUCUCCUUUUCUGAAAGAGAGACUUGGGAGGUUAUUGUCAAGUUUGAAAGUUGGUGUCCUUAACAAGAUACAGCUUGCCCAUCUUCCUCAUGACUUUGUACCACCCUUGAGUUUGCAAAAUCUGUCCUGUCUGAAAAGUCCAAUGCCAACACUAGAACAACAACCUGCAGAUGAGGUGGAAGUUAGACUUAACACUGAACAUGCUAAUACUUCUUUUACUUUUUCAGACAGCUUGGUUACUACUUCUUGCCCAUCCAUUAGCACCAGUGAAAGUCAAAUUGAUGCUAUUGAGAAUUUGUUACAAAACCUUGCAGAUGGUAUAAAGAAGUCAAGCGCACUGGGUCUUCAGAUUUUGGAAACAAUACUUCUGUCACUUGUGAAUUUGGAUGAUCAAGCACCAACACUUGUUUCAAUUUCUCCUGAAAUGUUAUGUUCGAGAAUAGCAGAUCAAUUUGAAUCAAUUGACUGCAAAUUAUUUUCUCCACCUGAUAACAUUCCUAGUGCUUCUUGUUCUGGCCAUGAAAUUAGGUCUGCGACAGCCUUAUUGACUCGUACCUUCAUAUUGUCACAGCAUCAGAGGAUGCAAGGAAUGCUUUUAUUCUGGUCAAAGAAUGAUUUUCCUGUAGGAGUACACUUAUUGUCUUAUGCAUCACAGCUAGCUUAUGAAGCACAUGCAGCAGGUUACUUGGGAAAAGCAAAUGCAAUAGUUGACAACAAUUUUGCUAAGUUAUGUAAGUCAGACUUCCCAUUAUUGAAGUUUCAUAUUGAUGGAUAUUUUUCUUUGCUUAAUGGAAGAAUAGAACAUUCUCUUGAAGACACUGUUCCUACUUCUGAAAUGGAUAAGUUUAUUACCAAGUUGGUGGAAAAUGCUUUUGCUGCUUACAAAUGUUUUCUUGAGUGCUCUAGAACUGCUUUACACAAAUUAGAUGAUAUAUCUUUGUCCAAGCUCCUUAUAUGUGACAUAGUUUCAUGUUUAGCGUGGGAAAGGAAAAAAGCAAAGUUCUUAUUCUGCAGCAUCUUCCAUCACUUUGCUGAUCUAUGCAUUGGUGAGGAAGAAAUUAUAAGGUUACUUGUGAGUCAGUUGGAUCAUGCUGAUCUUGUUGAUAUACAGUUUGAAAUUGGAUUGAAGAAAUUCUCUAUUUUCGGUGAGAACACUGAGACCAUUUUUGUCUUAGUGAAGAAUUCACUUAGCUGGGAUUCUUUGGAGCAGCAUAAGUUUUGGGGCUUGAUUAGAUCGGAGCUUGCCAUUUCCGAGGUUCUGGUGGAAAAGAUAAUUUUGCAAUUUCUUUCAUGUGCUGAUCUGGAUGUUAAUAUUAGUGCCAUUGCAGUUGCAGGCCUUCUUACGUUGUGCAGUAGUUGUGCACCCACACCUGAGCUUGUUGGGACAAUCAUGAUACUGCCUGAUAAUGUUUUCCUGGACUUUGCUGCUACAUCUUUGGCUACAUGGAUUAAGUCCAAUCCCUCAAUGCUAUUUGACAGUUUGGUGAAAUUUUCAGAGAAACUUGACAAGAAUGGUGAUGUCUCUGCUGGGAUUACAAUUAAUCGUUCUGCAGUUCUAUGGUUAUUGAAUUAUUUUACCACACAAGGGUUGAAUGCCUCAGAUAUGUUGAGCAAUUUAUCCUCAAAUAUUCAAGGUGGAUAAGUGACACCAUCAUGGUGGAAUGGGAAUAUUAAAUAAUGGUUCAUUCAUCAUAUGGCAAACAGCUGAUCCUACAACCUAUUUGAUCUGCUUUCAUUAUUUUGUUUAUUGGGAAGGCGGCUGUGGCUUAGACCAAGACAAAUCAGGAUAAGCUUAUGAUAUCGUGACAGCAAUUCUGUUUUUCCUACAGAAAUCACCUGUUUAUGAUGGGCUUUACCGAGGUUGGCAUGAUAUGCAAUGAUGAUUGCAAUGCGUGUUUCUACACUCUCUUCUAGCUGGAAUUGCUGGCACAUUUGAUUGUCCUCAUGACAUGAUACUCUUUU